CAGACGGCAGCAGUCUCCUCACUGUAUUCACCAGACAGCAGCAGUCUCCUCACUGUAUUCACCAGACGGCAGCAGUCUCCUCACUGUAUUCACCAGACAGCAGCAGUCUCCUCUCUGUAUUCACCAUACGGCAGCAGUCUCCUCUCACUGUAUUCACCAGACAGCAGCAGUCUCCUCUCACUGUAUUCAUCAGACGGCAGCAGUCUCCUCUCACUGCAUUCACCAGACGGCAGAAGUCUCCUCUCACUGUAUUCACCAGACGGCAGCAGUCUCCUCUCACUGUAUUCACCAGACGGCAGAAGUCUCCUCUCUGUAUUCACCAGACGGCAGCAGUCUCCUCUCACUGUAUUCACCAGACGGCAGAAGUCUCCUCUCUGUAUUCACCAGACGGCAGCAGUCUCCUCACUGUAUUCACCAGACGGCAGCAGUCUCCUCACUGUAUUCACCAGACGGCAGCAGUCUCCUCUCUGUAUUCACCAGACGGCAGCAGUCUCCUCUCACUGUAUUCACCAGACGCCAGCAGUCUACUCUCACUGUAUUCACCAGACGGUAGCAGUCUUCUCACUGUAUUCACCAGACGGCAGCAGUCUCCUCACUGUAUUCACCAGACGGCAGCAGUCUCCUCUCACUGUAUUCACCAGACGGCAGCAGUCUCCUCUCACUGUAUUCACCAGACGCCAGCAGUCUACUCUCACUGUAUUCACCAGACGGUAGCAGUCUUCUCACUGUAUUCACCAGACUGCAGCAGUCUCCUCACUGUAUUCACCAGACGGCAGCAGUCUCCUCUCACUGUAUUCACCAGACGGCAGCAGUCUCCUCUCACUGUAUUCACCAGACGGCAGCAGUCUCCUCACUGUAUUCACCAGACGGCAGCAGUCUCCUCUCUGUAUUCACCAGACGGCAGCAGUCUCCUCUCACUGUAUUCACCAGACGCCAGCAGUCUACUCUCACUGUAUUCACCAGACGGUAGCAGUCUUCUCACUGUAUUCACCAGACGGCAGCAGUCUCCUCACUGUAUUCACCAGACGGCAGCAGUCUCCUCUCACUGUAUUCACCAGACGGCAGCAGUCUCCUCUCACUGUAUUCACCAGACGGCAGCAGUCUCCUCUCACUGUAUUCACCAGAUGGCAGCAGUCUCCUCUCACUGUAUUCACCAGGCGGCAGCAGUCUGUCUCAGUGAUGCAGUCUCUCUAUAACAGGUGCUUUCUCUGUGGGGCAGUCUCUCUAUAUAACAGGUGCUGUCUCUGUGGGGCAGUCUCUCUAUAACAGGUGUCUCUGUGGUACAGUCUCUUUCUAUAACAGGUGCUGUCUCUGUGGUGCAGUCUCUCUCUAUAACAGGUGCUGUCUCUGUGGCGCAGUCUCUCUCUAUAAAAGGUGCUGUCUCUGUGGUGCAGUCUCUCUCUAUAACAGGUUCUGUCUCUGUGGUGUAGUCUCUCUAUAACAGGUGCUGUCUCUGUGGUGCAGUAUCUCUAUAACAGGUGCUGUCUCUGUGGUGCAGUCUCUCUAUAACAGGCAUUGUCUCUGUGGUGCAGUCUCUCUCUAUAACAGGUGCUGUCUCUGUGGAGCAGUCUCUCUAUAACAGGUGCUGUCUCUGUGGUGCAGUCUCUCUCUAUAACAGGCACUGUCUCUGUGGUGCAGUCUCUCUAUAACAGGUGCUGUCUCUCUGGUGCAGUCUCUCUAUAACAGGCACUGUCUUUGUGGAGCAGUCUCUCUAUAACAGGCACUGUCUCUGUGGUGCAGUCUUUCUCUAUAACAAGUGUUGUCUCUGUGGUGCAGUCUCUAUAACAGGUGUUGUCUCUGUGGUGCAGUCUCUAUAACAGGUGUUGUCUCUGUGGUGCAGUCUAUAACUGACACUGUCUCAGUGGUGCAGUCUCUAUAACAGGGACUGUCUUUGUGGUGCAGUCUCUCUCUCUCUAUAACAGGUGCUGUCUCUGUGGUACAGUCUCUCUAUAACAGGCACUGUCUCUGUGGUGCAGUCUCUCUCUCUAUAACAGGUGCUGUCUCUGUGGUACAGUCUCUCUAUAACAGGCACUGUCUCUGUGGUGCAGUCUCUCUCUAUAACAGGCACUGUCUCUGUGGUGCAGUCUCUCUCUAUAACAGGUGCUGUCUCUGUGGUGCAGUCUCUCUAUAACAGGCACUGUCUCUGUGGUGCAGUCUCUUUCUCUAUAACAGGUGCUGUCUCGGUGGUGCAGUCUCUCUAUAACAGGCACUGUCUCUGGUGCAGUCUCUCUAUAACAGGCACUGUCUCUGUGGUGCAGUCUCUCUCUAUAACAGGCACUAUCUCUGGUGCAGUCUCUCUAUAACAGGUACUGUCUCUGUGGUGCAGUCUCUCUCUAUAACAAGUGUUGUUUCUGUGGUGCAGUCUCUAUAACAGGUGUUGUCUCUGUGGUGCAGUCUCUAUAACUGACACUGUCUCAGUGGUGCAGUCUCUAUAACAGGGACUGUCUUUGUGGUGCAGUCUCUCUCUCUAUAACAGGUGCUAUCUCUGUGGUACAGUCUCUCAAUAACAGGUGCUGUCUCUGUGGUGCAGUCUCUCUCUAUAACAGGCACUGUCUCUGUGGUGCAGUCUCUCUCUCUAUAACAGGUGCUGUCUCUGUGGUGCAGUCUCUCUAUAACAGGCACUGUCUAUGUGGUGCAGUCUCUUUCUCUAUAACAGGUGCUGUCUCUGUGGUACAGUCUCUCUCUAUAACAGGCACUUUCUCUGUGGGGCAGUCUCCCUCUAUAACAGGCGUUCUUUGUGGUGCUGUCUCUCACACCUAUAAGCACAUCAUUUCUCCGGCUAGGCUUGUGGUAAUCUGAGCAAAUCCUUAGAGCACAAGACCUGUGUGAUGUCACAAUCAUGUGACCAAAAUCUCCACCAAUCUGCUAAUCAUGUGAUCACAGCUCCAGUCUUUAUUAACAGCAUACUAGUUCAUUUGUGGUCUCCAUCCGCCAUCUACUGGGUGUUUCAGAUUAUGCAGCCAACUCUAUAAGGGUUAUAUAUAUAUAUAUAUCUAUAGGGGGCGGAGUUACACUGCCUGUUCUUCUAGACUAGACGCUUAUCAGCUGUUGCUCUCAGUGGCUCCUCCCUGGCUCCGCCCCUGUAUCAGUUCCCGCCCUUCUGUCUGCACAGCUGUGGGAGUCCUCUCUCGGGGCGGGUGUCAUGGGUCGGGUGGAGUUCUACGCCCUGUGGUCGGUGCUGGAGGCUCCUCGGCAGCUUAUCAGUAAGGGUAAUCGGAUGAGUUUCCAGCUGCCGUUGCCGAUGCCGCUCCCGAAGCAUCUGCUGCUCUUCAGUUUGGGGGACUGGGGCUCCUACUCCCACGAUUCUUGCGUCACCGCUCAGCUGGUCACGGGUUCCGCGCAGCCACAGCUUAUCGGGGUCCUGUCUGCGCAGUGCAGGUCAUUGGUCUGGGAUGGCAAAUGGAAUCUGGACAUUGUUAUGGAGUGCGUCAAAUUAGCAGCACAAGGAAUGCCCGCCAAACUGUGCUUGAGCGUGUCCGGAAAGGUUAAUAAAAGUUCGGGCUUCAGCAGCAGUACCCCGGCCCGGAGGAGGCUCAGUGUAGGACCACCCAGUAGUCCUCUGUUAUCGGAGAGCACGAUUGCCCAUGUGAGGCUGCAGGAGGCCCCCGUAGAGGAUAAGGAGGUCACCCAGCUGGCAGCCUGUGCCAUACUGAAAGAUUCCCCACCGCUGAAGAAAGUGGCCCUGAGUCAGCCCCUCGUCAACAAGGAUGGGGGGUCCGGGGGGCAUGAUCCCUGCAGGAGGGCAAAUAUCGUUCCGAGGAAUCCCAGAAGACUCCGCUUUGGCAGCAAAGGAUCUGAUGACAGGACUGUAGGUGCAGUAUGUCCCUCCGCUCGGUGGGGCCACAGCACCUGCCUCUGUGAUCCACAAACAGCCAUUUUAAUUGGAGGAGAAGGAGCCAAUGAGAAGCCAAGUCCGGACUCGCUGUGGAAGCUGGAACUAGACAGUGACUUCUGGUUCCAGAUGGACAGCCUGUGUUCUGGAUCCGCUCCCCAGUGCUCCAAGGGCCACACUGCAACCUUUGACCCUGAGGCAAAAAAAGUGUUUGUGUUUGGUGGGAAGCAGGAGAAGAGCUGGCUCAGCAAUGUCUAUGUGCUGGACACACUGGACUGGAAGUGGACACUGGUGGCUGCGGUGGGGAAGGUGCCCACGUUAUCAUAUCACACGGCCACCAUGUACCAGCGGGAGCUCUACGUGUUCGGGGGUCUGUGCCCACAAGUUGGAGCCGAUUCUGGAGUCUGCACCAAUUCCCUUUAUAUCUUCAAUCCUGAUUACAAGAUCUGGUAUCAGCCCAUCGUGGAGGGCGAGCGGCCGCUGCCCAGAUACGGUCACAGCGCUUCGCUCCUUGGUAGCCGUCUCAUCCUGUUCGGGGGUCGGCGGUCUCCGUCUGCCGUUUAUCUCAAUGACGUUCACAUUCUGGACUUGGGUUACAUGGAGUAUACAGCGGUGUCCUAUCCUUCCUCGUCUGAGAGGCCGUCCCCACGCUGGUGAGACUGCGCCCCCGAGCACGUCACCAAUUGCCCUCCUGCCCAUCACCUUCAUGAUAGAUUCCUUACUGAUUGUCCCUUUUCUCUGUGGACAUCAACACCUCCCCCCCCCCCCCCCCCGUCACGCCCCCUUUCUUUGUGGAACCCCCCUGUCUCCCUGGUGCCCCCUUCCUCUGGACCCCCCCGUCUCCCUGGCACCCGCUUCCUCUGUCGAUUAUAACCCCCUGUAUAAAACCAUCUUGUCUCCGGAAGCUUCCAUGCUGCCAUGCAGGUGUCAGAGCAGCGGCUCCUCAUCCAUGGCGGUUGUUCUGGCAGCGGCUUCUUGAUGGACGCCUUCAUCCUCAAUCUUGACACCUUGAUCUGGUCGUCCAUCAGGUUUGGGGGGAGUUCGCUGCUGCCCCGUGCUGGACACACUCUGCUCAACUUAACCUCCUCCUCCCUGACUGAUUCAGACAAAGAGAAGCGCAAGGGGCGGAGCCUCUGC